CAAGUUAAAAAUUGUCAAGCAUAAUCUGAUAUCUUUCUCAUUUAUUUUGUUUUCAUUCCAUCUGAAGAUUACUUCGACGAAAGCUUCCGAGAAAUAUCUUUCUAAACAACAUGAUGAACGCCUUCUUCCUGAUGGUGGUAAGCCUUGCUUUUGGUGCUCCAUCUGCUUCAGCUAGUGGUGGCAAGCUCAACGUCAAGGCAGCAUCCGCAUUUCAUCGAAAUGUGAAUGAAGCGAUCGCAACCUUUCAGAAGCAUCAGGUACAGCCAAUUUCCACAAAGGAACAGAAUGGAAAGUCGUCUUCCAAUGGUCAUCUCCGCCGCCAUUUGGCUGGCAUGGAUGAAGACGAAACAUGCGAGGACGACUUGGUAUCUUGCCUUGAUGCACUCUCGUCAUGCGGCGAUGGAGAUGGAAGUGAUCCCAGCUACCUGUACACUCAAAUGGCGAAUUCUUGUACUCUUCAUAAACUGGAUGGCAGCUAUGAAUUGAGGACAGAUGAUAUGGAUGAUGAAACCUACCAAUUCAGUGAUCGUCCCUUCAGGAUUGAGGAGACGUACACUACGAUGGAGUUCUUCGAAAGUUUCGAUGAUAUUUUCGCAAGCAGCCCACCUAAUGCCGUAUUCACCUUUGUUCACUCCGAAACGGACGAGUUUGAAGGCCCUUUGGUGGCAGUACAGGUCGAUGCCAUGUACACUAGUGCCACAGAAGACGAUGAUAGCAAAGUGACCUAUACCUACGUGCUGGAACAAAGUGACUCCCAGGCCGAUGUGGUUGCUCUGGAAGAUUUUUUCGAAGAUGGAAGUGACAUGAUUACAUUUGAAGAUUGCUCCAUUUUCAUUGAUUCUUCGUCUUCCUGUAAUCCCACAGCGGGAUAUGUCUACUGUGCUUCCCAGGGUUGUGUCCGGCCGUGGGAACCCAACGUGAAUGCAGAAUGUUGCAACAGUAUCGAUGGAUAUGCAUAUUUGCUUGGUUGUGCCCCUACCAGCACAGAGGGAUGUUGCAAGUCCCAUACAGAGCCACCCACAUUGUCUCCCACUCCUACUUGUGUUGCUGAUGGUGGUUACGAGUACUGUGCUGAUCAGGGUUGUGUUCAGCCUUGGGAUCCCAGUGUGACUAUGGAAUGUUGCAACCAACUGGCCGGAUAUGAAUAUCUGGUUGGCUGUGCCCCCACCAGCACGCAAGGAUGCUGUUCGUCUCCGGGUUCUUAGAUGGUGCAAUCUGCUUUGUUCCUUUGACGACGGGCUGUUGUUGUGAUAAUCUGGAGUAGGUACGAUUGAUAUAUAUUACCAGGGCAGCAGAGAUGACGUGAUGCAGUUACAGUACUGGUAGGUUGUGAUGGCUAACCUAGCUAGCUCGAAGGUUAAUGUCUUCCUGUAAGAGCUCUUUUUUCUUG